AUGGCAGCCCCUUCCGAAUCCCCAAAGUCUUAUUUCCCGCUGGCUGGCGGUGCUGAAGAUGGCUGGUCGAAUGAGCACGAAGCCACAGCGACCUGCUUUUGCGGCAGCGUCCAGCUCGUCUUUCCAAUCAAGGGACCAGGCCUCCUCGCCACAUUUGUCUGCAAUUGCAGCGACUGUCGCAAGCUCACGGCUUCCAUGUUCGCCUCAAACUUUUCCGUGGCUGACGACUACCUUCGCCACGUUCGUGGCCGUGAGAAACUUACUGCCUUUGGCCAGUCAAAGACGGUCGAGUCCGGCGGAGUAAUGACAAACUACUUUUGCUCCACAUGCGGAACGCUUAUGUACCGCGUCGGCUCCAAAUACCCUGGCAUGCGCAUUCUGCGUAUUGGUACCGUGGACGAUUUCAGCCUCCACGAAACAGCUCUGCGUCCGCAGGUCGAGCAGUACAUCAAGGAUCGGGUCGACUGGUUUUCAGGAGUCGACACCGCCCGUCUUGUGCGAACACCGUGGGCUCCCGAGAACCUUGGUGCCGUGCAAACAAGCCUUAUCGGAAUGUAUGCUUUCGAUGUGGUUGGUGGCACUGCUUUUGCCCGGACAAUGUCGAUAUCAAAGCACUCUGGCAAGACAGAGUCGUGCGAUGGUCAAUAG